AUGGGCGAGCCACAGGAACCCUUAAAGUUCUCCGACUUCACCCUGUCCAAAUAUGGCAACAAGAGAAUCAGGAUAAACAAACCGGAUGAAGAUGUGAAAUAUUUGAUUUCCCGUUUUACGGACAAUCGGGAAAUUAGCAAGUUGACCGGCCCAGUGACGUUUAUCUCCAAAGACCAGCAUGGCGAUAGCCCCACGGCGAAUGACAAAAACAACAAUGCCUUUUAUUGGCUCCUAAAAAACUCAUCGAGUGAAAAGGCAAAAUCGAAUCACAAGUCGUACAUAUCCAAAAAGUGCAACAUGGACACAGAUGUAUUUUUUGUCCUAAUGGAAAAUGAAGAAUAUUCAGACAUUUACCCUGUGUCCAGUUGGCACGUCUUCGAACCGGACCUGUCAGCAAAAACGUUGAGCAAAUUUAACAUAGAUAAUAACCCGCAAGAAAAAUUAAGAGUAGAACAAAAUAAUAGAAGGUUAGAUGAUAUAAUUGAGAGGUUAAAAAAUAAGGAAGAAAAUAUGAAAGUAAAUUCCAAAGGGAGAGAAGAAGGAAAUAAAAAAUGGUAA